GUAGUCCGUUCCUGCCACUUCUGCAGGAGGGAAUCGUGGCCCAGCGCUGCAAUGGUGCGCUGCAGUUGCGUGUUGUUCCGAAAGGUCCGUGCCUGGUGUCCGUCGGCCUGUUGCCCUUUAACCCCACUUGAAGACUCAGGUUCAGCCUAAUUUCUUCUCAUUCUGGCCGUCUCUUUCCUGUUUGGUUCUACCGUGGCCGCCUUCUCCGCCCCUCUAGAAGUCGGGGUUUACUAUAAGGGGCGGGAAACGUUCUUGGGCGCAGGAUUUGAGUUCUUUGAGGGAAUUGUGUGCAAGUGGGAUGAAGACUUGGGGGUACCAGCUUGCCAUUUAGACACGCAUUGUGGUAUGGAGUAUAGGGUUGACUUCACCUUUUGGCCCAAAUGGUGUAGUUCUUUUCUUGCCUCAUUUUAGUAAUACUAUCCGCAGCUUGUUCUUAUCAUCCUGUAUAUUUUUUCCUCGCGUGCAUUGUUUUUAAGGUUUUCCUAAAGACAUUUCCACAGUAAAUGAAAAUGUGCAAUUAACUUGCCUUUUUGCAGGAAAUUUAGAUCAGUUUUUGGGUAGUGUCCGUUUUAGAAUCGUUUCUGUAAAGAAAAAAAUAUAUAUAUACAUAGCUGUUUCAGAUUUUUAAAAAGCUUUCUAGAAGAGCCUUACUGGUAAUGCUUUUUGGAAACCUGAAGGCUUUAUAUUUUGGACAUUAGUGUUCAGAGCAACAGUGAGGUUUUCCUAAAUCUGAUGAGUCUAGAGCAGUAAAACACAUUGAGAUGAAUUUUAAAAACAAGAGCUUUCUUAUUAUCGGAGAAAAAAGCAUAAUCAGUAGUCUCUCUGAGUGAAAUUAUAUUUUGGACAACCCUUAUGCUCCAGAAAAUAGGUAGUCAAAAGAGACUUGUGAAAGGAUGUACUUGGGCAUAUGAGGUAACUAAUCCUUCAACUAUCAAGGAAACUCUUGCCUUGUUUGUGGAUGUAUUAUUAUAGGCUACUCUUGUAGCCUUAACACCGUGAACAGUUACUUCCAAUUAAUGUUGUUUGCAAGGGGAGUCUAUUCAGUUAUUAAUGGUGCAUUUCUGAUCUAGCCUCUCAGAAUCAAAUCACAAGUUCUUCACCCCCAGAGAAGAAUAAUAGGCUGUCUCUCAAGUCGUGACCUAUAUUUGAAUGCUCAAAUGAAGCCCUGCAUUUUGCUACUCGCCUGUCCACUUCAGUCCCAGAUCUAGAGUGCAUCAGAAACAUGAAGAGAAAUUUUGCUACAUAUGCUUGCUUGACCUACCCUCAUCCGGAGUAUGUCAGAAUGAUCAUAUGGAAACUUCAUUGAUAACCUAAGAGUCUUCGUCAAAGGAGGAAGUGGUGGAAUGGGUUAUCCUCGAUUAGGUGGAGAAGGUGGAAAAGGUGGUGAUGUGUGGCUUGUAGCUGAAAAAAAGAUGACUUUAAAACAACUUAAAGACAAAUACCCUCAGAAACGAUUUGUUGCUGGAGGAGGAGCAAACAGUCGGGUUAGUGCACUGAAGGGCUCCAAAGGAAAAGACUAUGAUAUUCCUGUACCUGUGGGCAUUUCAGUAAUUGAUGAAAAUGGUAAAGUUAUGGGAGAACUCAAUAAAGAGAAAGACAGAAUUCUAGUAGCUGAAGGAGGUCUUGGUGGUACAUUAUUUACAAAUUUCUUACCACUGAAAGGGCAGAAACGAGUAAUUCACCUUGAUCUAAAACUUAUAGCUGAUGUAGGCCUAGUGGGAUUCCCGAAUGCUGGGAAAUCCUCUUUGCUAAGUCAGGUUUCUCAUGCAAAACCUGUGAUUGCAGAUUAUGCAUUUACAACAUUAAAGCCUGAACUUGGAAAGAUUAUAUACAAUGAUUUCAAACAGAUAUCAGUAGCUGAUCUUCCAGGCUUAAUAGAAGGAGCACAUAUGAACAAAGGAAUGGGCCACAAAUUCCUGAAGCAUAUAGAAAGAACUAAACAGCUACUUUUUGUUGUUGAUAUUUCUGGAUUUCAGCUUUCUUCCCAAACUCAAUACAGAACUGCCUUUGAAACCAUAAUACUACUUACAAAAGAGUUGGAGUUGUACAAAGAGGAACUUCAAACAAAGCCUGCACUUCUGGCAGUUAAUAAAAUGGAUUUGCCAGAUGCCCCAAAUAAAUUCCAGGAACUGAUGAACCAACUCCAGAAUCCUAAAGAUUUUCUGCACUUGCUUGCAAAAAACAUGAUUCCAGAGAGGACUAUGGAGUUCCAACACAUCAUUCCAGUCUCUGCAAUUACUGGAGAAGGAAUUGAAGAGCUAAAGAACUGUAUAAGAAAAUCACUGGAUGAACAAGCUAACCAGGAAAAUGAUGCAUACCAUAAGAAACAGUUGCUUAAUUUAAGAAUAUCCGAUAUAGUAUCGUAUAGUGAGCCAUCAUCACAUCAUGCUAGUACUGGUUCCUGAGUGGAUAUAAUUUAAAUCUAUUCAAAAUGGUAUGAAUUUGUGUUAAUUUAAAAGUUUUUCAUAGACAUGUAUUUUUUGACCAUUAUUAGCAAUCUUCUGAUACAUGCGCCAUCAUUUAAGAAUGAUACCUUUUUAAGCUGUUCUGUUAUUUUUUAAGGAAGUCAACAAUAAGAACAUGACAGUUUAUACAUCCAUGGUCAAUCAUUAACUACCUAUAAUAAUAUCAUUGUCAUCCCUUUAUGUAUGAUACUUCUGUUGAGAUCAUUUCAAAGAAUUAUGUAAAAAGAUUCCCUAGAAUAUUAUUAGAAUCAGCAAUUAGUAUUUUUAUUUACUCUUUCAUGUUACUCGUUGCUCUAAUGUUAUAAUACUGUUUUUUAAAAAGUGCAAAACUCUGUCCUUGAACUUAAGUCCAUAAAUAACCAAGAUCACUGAUAAACAGAAACGAGCAGACAGAUAUUUGUGACUUGAACUUUUAGAAGAGUUUUCUUUCUCAAGCUUAAUAGUUUUUUUUUCCCUUCCAUCGAAAGAGAUUGGUAUAUAUGCUUGUUUUUUGGGUCCUAGUCUGCUUCAUUAUCCAACUUGAUAUUUUAGUAAAGAGAAUAAAUAGGAAGUACAGACAUUAAACAGUAUUACCAGUCAUCAGUAUAUUCUCAUUUUUUCCCCAGUUUUUUAAUCUCGGCUUGAUUGAGAUGUAAUUCAGCUACCAUACAAUUUAAAGUAUAUAAUUCUGUGGUUUUUAGUAUAUUCACAGAGUUGUUCAAUCAUUUCCACUUUCUAAUAUUUUUAUCACCCAAAAAGAAACCCUAUACUCUUUUAACUGUUACCUUCCAAACCCCUAUCCCACCACCCUAGCCAACCACUAAUCAGCUUUGUGUCUUUACAGAUUGUCUGUUCUGGACAUUUCAUAUAGUCAUAUACUAUGUGGUCUUUUGUGACUGGCAUCUUUCACUUAGCAUAGUGUUUUCGAGGUUCAUUCGUGUAGCAUGUAUCAAUGCUUCAUUCUUCUCUAUGACUGAAUAUUCCAUUGUAUAGAUACACCACAUUUUGUUUAUCCAUUCAUCAAUUGAUGGAUAUUUGGGUUGUUGCCAGUUUUUGGCUAUAAUAAAUAAUGUUGCCAUGGGCAUUUGUGUACAGGUUUUUGUGUGAUAAUAUUUUUUUUGUGGGGGGGAGGUGUAUACAUAAGAUUGGAUUUGCUGGCUCACACGGUAACUCAAUAUUUAACAUUUUGAACACCUGUCAGACUGUUUUCCAAAGUGGCUGCACCAUUUGUGUACCUACCAGCAGUAUAAAAGGAUUACAGUUACUUAGCGUCCUUGUCAACACUUGUUAUUAUCAGUCUAUUUGAAUAUAGCCAUUGAGUAUUUAGGAGUUCCUGGGUGGUGCAAACAGUUAAGCACUUGGCUUCUAACCAAAAGAUUGGUGGUUUGAACCUACCCAGAAGUGUGGCAGAAGAAAGUCCUGCCUGUCUACUUCCAAAAGAUUUCAGCCACUGAAAACCCUAUGAAGCACAGGUCUACUCUGAAACACAUGGGGCUGCCUUGAGUUGAACUGACUCGACAGUUUUUUAAUUGGGUGUUUAGUAGUUUCUCAUUGUAGCCUUAACUUGCAUUUCCCUGUUAACUAAUGAUGUUGAGCAUCUUUUCAUGAGCUUAUUGGCCAUUUGUGUAUCUUCUUUGGAGAAAUAUCUAUUCAGAUCCUUUGCCUAUUUUUUAAUUAUUUAUCUUUAUUAUUGAGUUGUAAUAUUUCUUUGUAAAUUCAGAUAAAUGCUUUAUAGAUGUUUUCAUCCAUUCUGUAGUUUGUCUUGUCAUUAUUUCAGUGUCCUGUGAUGCACUAUAGUGUUUUAGUUUUGAUGCAGUCCCACUUAUCUCUGUUUUCUUGUAUGGCUUGUGUUUCUAGAGUCAUAUCUAAGAAAUUAUUGCCAAAUUCAAGGUCACAAAGAUUCUAUCCCUACCUAUAGUUUCUCUUAUAUAAGUUUUAACUGUUGUGUUUAGGUCUUUGACCUAUUAUGCGUUGAUUUUUAUGUAUGGUGUAAGGGAGGGGUCUGACUUAUUUUGCAUGUGACCGUCCAGUUGUUCCAGUACCAUUUGUUAGUGACCAUGGGUAUAUGGGGUUUAUUUCUACAUUCUCAAUUCUGUUCCUUUGGUCUCUUUGCCUGUCCUUAUGCCAGUACCAUACUGUCUUGAUUACUGUUGCUUUGGAAAUCAGGAAAUGUGAAUUUCUUAACUUUGUUCUUCCUUUUCAAGAUUGGUUUGGUGAUUCUGGGUUCCUUGCAAUUCUGCAAUUCCGUAUAAUUUUAGAAUCAGCUUGCCAGUUUCUACAAAGAGGUUAGGUAGGAUUCUGAUAGGGAUUGCAUUGGACCUGUAGAUCAUUGAGGAAUAUUAUCAUCUUAACAGUAUUACUUAUCCUCAUUCAUGAACAUGGGAUAUCUUUCCAUUUGUUUAGAUCUUUAAUUUCCUUUAACAGCGUUUUGUAGUUUUCAGAGUAUAAGUCCUAGACUUCUGUUAAAUUAUUCCUAAGUAUUUAAUUCUUUUUGAUACUAAUGUAUAUUGAAUUGUUUCUUAACAAUUUAAUGAACAGUUGAUCGUUGUGUUUAGAAAUAUAGUUGCUUUUUGUAUAUUGAUCUUGUAUUGUGUGAUCUUGCUGAACUUCUUAGUUCUAAUAGUUUUUAGUAGAGUACUUAGUAUUUUCUGUAUACAAGAUCGUGUCAUUUGCAAAUAAAGAUGGUUUUAUUUCUUUCCAACCUGAAUGCCUUAAUUUCCUUUUCUUACCUAAUUGCCUUGGAUAGAAACUCCUGUGUAAGAUUGAAUGGAAGUGGUGAGAGUAUCCAUGUCUUAUUCCUGAUCUUAGGGGGAUAGCAUUCAGUCUUUCACCAUGUGGUAUGAUAGUAGCUGUGGUUUUUAUAGAUGUUCUGUAUCUCGUUGAGGAAGUUCUCUUCUAUUUGUAGUUUGCUAAGUGUUUUUAUGUUGAAAGGGUCUUGGAUUUUGUCAUAUACUUUUUCUAUGUCUUGAGAUGAUCAUGUGGUUUUAGUUUUCAUUCUUCUGAUAUAGUGUAUUAAACAUUAAUUGAUACGGCGGCUCAACAUUUGAUUGUCUGCUAACCAAAAGGUUGGCCAUUUGAACCCAUCCACUGGCAGCCUGCUUUCAUAAAGAUUACAACUGAGAAAACUGUAUAACACAGUUCUGCUCUGUCACGUGGGGUCACUGUGAGUUGAAAAUUGACAGCACACAACAGCAACAACAAACCAAAUUUGCAUUCCUGGGUUAAAUCUCAAUUGGUCAUAGUAUGUAAUCCUUUUUGUAUGUUGCUAGAUUUGGUUUCUGGUAUUCAGUUGAAGAUGUUUGUUUCUGUAUCAUAAGGGGUAUUGGUCUGUAGUUUCUUUUCUUGUGAGGUCUUUGACUUUGAUAUCAAUAAAAUACUGGCUUUACAGAUUUGAGCAGUGUUCCCUCCUCUUCUAUUAUUUAGAAGAGUUUAUGCUUCGUGAAAGAAUGAUCAUAUGUUCUGAAUUUAAAUUUCUUCUAAUUUUAUGAGUGACUUUUUAACAAGCGUUGUUGUUGUUAGGUGGUGUCGAGUCGGUCCUGGCUUAUAGCGACCCUCUGUACAACAGAACAAAACACUGCCUGGUCCUGCGCCAUCCUCACAAUUGUUGUUAUGCUUGAGCCCAUUGUUGGAGUCACUGUGUCAGUUUACCUUGUCGCGGGUCUUCCUCUUUUUCACUUACCCUCUACUUUACCAAGCAUGAUGUCCUUCACCAGGGACUGAUCCCUCUUAAUAACAUGUCCAAAGUAUGUAAGAUGCAGUCUCGCCAUCCUUGCUUCCAAGGAGCAUUCUGGUUGUACUUCUUCCAAGACAGAUUUGUUCAUUCUUUUGGCAGUCCAUGGUAUAUUCACUAUUCUUCUCCAACACCACAAUUUCAAGGUGUCAAUUCUUCAGUCUUCCUUAUUCACCAUCGAGUUUUCACAUGCAUAUGAGGCGAUUGAAAACACCAUGGCUUGGGUCAGGCACGCCUUAGUCUUCAAGGGGACAUCUUUGCUUUUCAACACUUUCAAGAGGUCUUUUGCGGGAGAUUUGCCUAAUGCAAGGCAUCUUUUGAUUUCUUGACAGCCGCUUUCAUGGGUGUUGAUUGUGAAUCCAAGUAAAAUGAAAUCCUUGACAGCUUUAAUCUUUCCUCCAUGUAUCAUGAUGUUGCUUAUUGGUCCAGUUGUGAGGAUUUGUGUUUUCUCUAUGUUGAGAUGUAAUCCAUACUGAAGGCUGUGGUCUUUAUCUUCAUCAGUAGGUACUUCAAGUCCGCUUCACUUUCAGCAAGCAAGGUUAUGUCAUCUGUGUAUUGCAGGUUGUUAAUGAGUCUUCCUCCAAUCCAGAUGUCGUGUUCUUCAUAUAGUCCAGCUCUUCAGAUUAUUUACUUGGCAUACAGAUUGAAUUAUUAUUGUUAUUUCACUUUAUGUGUUAUGUUUUCUAUUCCCCAUUCCCAACUCCCAUCACAGUCCUCAGAUCACUAGCUGUGCCUGCAUUUCUUUUUUUCUUCAUUGCACAGAUAUUUACUGAGUGUCUCCCAUUUGCCAGGCACCAUGCAGGGUGUUGUAUGUACAGUGUUGAAGAGAACAGACAGGACCCGCUCCCCACAAAAAUCUCACACCAAGUAGCAGAAACUGCAGGGGGAUCCUAUAGCUGGUUCCACUUUACAACAAAGGAUAACAGCAGGGAAAAGGGAUUGAGAUUUGAACAUCUCUGCUCAUCGUGGUGACUGUGUUUCAUAUUCAAUAUGUUUUACACUUGUAACUUCCGGUUCCAUUUCUUUUCUCUUUUUAUGUCCUAAAUAUAAGAAAGUAACAUUAGCAAAGUUUAAUUAGGUGAAUUUUAAAAAGUUCUGAAAUCCGAAUCUUAUUUUAUGUUGUGGUAAAGAAUAGUAGAUGUGCACAUCAUGUGUGUUGCGGAUUAAAAGGAAUGGUGCCUUAUCUGCUUUCUCAGUAAUGCUCCAUGGCCAACUGAAGCGUUUUCUUAGGUGACUUACUAAAAUCUUCCAUUAUUAGUAUAUUCUAGCUACUGAUUGUGUACUCUGCGUACCUUUUUCAGACAGUUGAUUUUUAUUCUUAACAAAAGGAAGAACAUGAAUCUUUUAUUUUAUGAAAAAUAAUUUUUUUUAAGAUUUAUUUUGAAAUAUAUUUUUUAGUGUCAUUUCAGGUGCAUUUUAUUUUGUCCUAAUGCAGGACUUCUUCAUUUGUACCUUUCAGAAUAUGUUUUUUAAAAUAUACUUGUAACACUUGAUUAUUAUGUUAUUGGAUAACCAGAGUAUCAGUUUGUUAUA